AUGACGACCACAGUGCUGAGAAUGCUGACCGCCCUCACCUGCGUGCUGGCUGCAUGCGCCAACAUCAUGCCUGUACCAGACUUCAGCCUGGAGAAGGUUGCAGGAAAGUGGUACAUGGCUGGCUUUGCAACCAAUGCUCAGUGGUUUGUGAAUCGUAAAGCCACAAUGAAGAUGGGUACUGCCACGAUGGUGCCCACUGAUAUUGGAGACCUGGAUCUCUCUUAUGCCACACUGAAUGCUGAUGGGACCUGCUGGAGGAUGACUCACAUGGCGAAGAAAACAGACACUCCCGGACGCUUCACCUUCCACAGCCAGGCCUGGAACAACGACAACGACAUGCGCUUUGUUGACAUCGUGUACGACAACUACGCUGUGGUCCACACCAUCAAGACAAAAGACGGAGUUUCAGAGAUCCUCAACAAGCUCUACAGCCGCAGUUCUGAGAUCAGCGAUGACCUGCAGCAGAAGUUCACUCAGUUCUCUCUGGACACUGGCAUCCUUGCUGAAAACAUUGUUAUUUUCCCGCCGAACAGCGAGUGCCCUGAAGCCACAGCAGCCCCCGCGCCACAGUAAAACGUUGAUCUUCAUCUCCUCGUCUCUGAAGUCCAGGGUUUCCAUCUCAAAGGCAUCUUCUUCUCCCCCCGACUGUGUCACCUGCUGCGUCACAAAGCUGCACCUCAGACUAUGAAUGUAGAGCUUUUAAUUCUGUUUCUCGCUGCAUGCCAAGGAGGAGCUGAUCCUAGCUCAGUUGGUAUUUUUUUUUUUCUACUGUGCUUUAACAGCAACAUUAGAGUGGAACAAUAAAGUAUUCACAGUGGCUUACAGAUGUCCGAAUCUAGACCAAUGAAAGGAUUGUUUUGUAUUUUUCUUUCAUUAAAAAAAAUAGUUUAAAGCCAAUAAAAUCAUUAAAACAACU